ACUAUGGAAACAAGUAAACUGUGCACAGGGAAGUGGGAAGGAGAAGAAGACGAAGAGUUGGGUGUUCGGCCAUCAGGAGUUUGCACAUAGAGAGAGAGUGUGUUUAGGAGUUGGAUUUGGAGAACUGAUGGAUACAGAAUUAAAGUUGACGCUGCUAUGUUUAUUCGGCAACAGCGGAGAGUAACAUAAUAACAAAGAUGGGGAAUUUAGAGAAGAAGACGUCUGACACAGUGCCAAGAUGAUCAUUUGGCAUUAUUUACUUUACCCAUUUUGUGAGAUAAAAUCUGUACACCGCCUUCACCCAGCUGUUACUCAAAGAUGCCACUUGCACCGAGGUCAUCUGCAAACUGUGCUAAGAUGCAGACCAAACUGAGCACCUGGACUCCUCUGAACCACCCGCUGUCCAACAGCAAGGUGUUUGAAGAGAGGCGAAACCUUCUGGCUAAGUGGUUUGACAGGUGGUCUGACAGCCAGAGGAAGGCGGUGCUGUGGGACUUCGUGCUGAGCUGUUCGGUGGAGCAGCUGAUGUUCCUGAGCCUCGGUGUGAGCAGACGGCUCCCCCUGCAGGCCGCAGACUUCACCUGCCUGCUGCCCAGGGCCCUCAGCCUCUACCUCUUCUCCUUCCUGGACCCACGCAGCCUCUGUCGAUGUGCCCGGGUGAGCUGGCACUGGAAGAGCAUAGUGGAACUGGACCAGCUGUGGAUGCCAAAGUGUCUGAGGCUCGGCUGGUGCAUCAGCUUCCCCCCCACACCGUUCGAGCAGGGGGUCUGGAAGAGACACUACAUCCACACUGUGCAGGAGCUGCGACUCACCUCGCUGCAGACUGCCUCGUCCCAGCAGCAGCUAGUGGUUCCACGUGUGUCAGCCAUCAGUAGUAGACAUGAAGAUCUGUCAGAAGUGGCCUUCAUCAGUGAGGAGUGCCCAGCAUCCAGCACCCAGCGACUCGGAAGCAUCUCCAGGACGGAAUUAAGAAAGGAGAAACAGCCGACUGCACCGCCACCGUGGAGAGAUUCUGACAGACGUCCUAAAGACACAGUACGCUUCAACUACUUGGACAACCUGGACCCCAUUGAACAAGCCCUCAGAACGCAGGUGAAAAGCAGAGCCUCCACCUGCCGCAGUAACACGUGGCAGCCAGACGACGGGAGCAAGAAAAAGCUGUCGGAGGCGAAUUACAAACUACGCAAAGCCAAAUCUCUGAUGUUCCUCAGCUCCAACUGCAGACCCCAACAUCCUCCUCCUCCUCCUCAUGAAACCCAAUCUCGACCCUCUUGGGCGGCCUGCAGUCAUGACCACCCCGUCACCGAGGAGACCGCCAAGAGCAUGCUGCGCCUGGCCCAGUGGAAUGCUGGGAUCCGUCCGGGGCCGGCGAGGUCGGCGGUGCCGCGGCUGAGUGUGGAGGCCCUCAGGGCGUCCCAGCGCUCACACCGGAGCGCUCCCAGUACACCACUGUUUGAGGUUCAGCCCUGGACUGUGCCUGCUUCACACGCACGAGCUAUAGAGUGAAGCACAGCGCCCACAUCAGGAAGACGUCACAGCUACAGCUUCAGGACAAGACUCGGAGCUACAGCUCUUGUCGGAACAACGCAUUCUGCAAGUGCAAUUUCUUUGCAAGCUAUUGUGUAAACACGGCACUGGAUGGAGAUGAGAAGAGACACGAUGAAAACUUUACAUUUACAUAUCACUAUUUUGACAUAGCGCAAAAAGAACUGCAGAAAUGACUAAAGGUCUCAAUCAUUUAGAACUUAAACAAACUUAAACCGGAAUACCAAGCCACUGAAAGGAGAAAAACAUGAACAAAAAAUGUUUUUAAAAAAAAAAAAAAAAAAGAAAGAAGACAGUAUUUUGCAUGACCUAUAGUCAGCAGCCUCAUAUUUAUAAUAGGGAUGCAUCUUGAAUAUUUUAACAGUUCUGUUCAAUAAUGAUGUCUAACAUUUAAACGUAUAAUGGUGCUUGUUUUUAAUAACUUUUUACAGAUGUGAUUCCUUAAAAAAAGGUACCCAGUGGAGUUUUCAACCACUAGCAAUGUGCCAGCAAAAGGCAGGGACGUUGAAUAUGAACAUAACUUUGUUAGUUUAGAUGAAAACUCCACAGGGUACUUUUAAGUUUUAAUAGUUUCGAUAAUAAUAAUAACGUUUUAAUAAUAUAACAUAGUUACUUGAUUUCAAGCUAGUACUAGCUGUGUAUCACAUAUUGCAAAUAAGAAAGCCAAAGGAAACAGUCUAAGAAAUGUACCACCUUUAUUAUCCAAUCCACACAUCCCAUUCAAUAUGCAAUACCAAGCCAAAGCAAUUUAUAUAAACAGUGAGUCUGAACUCCAAAAACAUUAAACAAUAACUGUCAGUUUAAGACAAAAAAAACCAAAACUGAUUUUGUCUCAGCAUUCAAAAACAUCUUGCGUUCAACACACAGUAGCAUAUCUUGGGCAAAGAGGGAAGCUUUGUGUACAUCAAUCAUGACAGAAGAUGUGAUUUUUAAAUUUUUUUUUUUAAAGCCACUUCAGUCAGAUAUGAAAUAUCAGUAUCAUACGUACACCUCACUCCAAGUCUCGUCCAUGUAGUUUUCACUCAUUGCAUAUAAAACAUUGCAUUCAAAGUAUGGCUCACACAUAUAUAUUACUAAAUACAAGAGGAUAAAAAAAAAAAAAUAAACAACAGACUUAAUGAUUGGUAGAUACCUGACAUGUUAAUUAACUUAAUGUUAACGUGUUAAUAUGUAUGCUUCAGUAUAUAUAUAUAUAUAUAUAUAUGGCUUAUGGAUGAAAUUAAAUAAAAGUAAUUCCGUGUGGUGGAUUAAAAAUAAAAAUAUUGUCUUAACAGGUUUCACAAGUGAAGUCUUUAAGGCAAUGUUGUGCUCCAUGAUAAGCCACAGACAUUUCCAUAUUGUAAGAUCACCGGGGUGAUGAUGGUAUGGUGUGGGCAAGUCAGAAAGUUAUUAUUGUAAUAUGUUAGAUGCAGAAAUCUGCUCAGUUAUUCCUCUGGAAAAGUGGAAGUAGAAGGUUUUACAACAGUUUUACCAAAAAUAAAAUGUGUCUUAACAACUGA